AUCUCUCGGUCUCUCCACCCUCACAUAAUAUAGAAUAGACACAACACACAACAAGCUAAACCUUUUUCCAAGCAAAAGAUCGAUGGCUUCCUCUAAAGCUACUGAUCAACCCGUGGUUCAGGGUGACAAGUACAGAUCACAUAUGUAUGGAGAAGGAGAGAAGAAUACCAAAUGGAGGUCUGGUGCUCCUCCCAACUUCGAUGCUGUCAACAAGCUCUUCGAGGAAGGCCGAACUCAGGAAUGGCCAAAAGGGUCRCUGGAGGAAAGAGUCCAAAAUCUUGUGAAGACAUGGGAAAUGGAGAUCGCAUUUAAGGUCGAUCCAGCUGAUUAUAAAUCCAUAAACACUACAAACUUUACUGUCAGCGUAAACGGAGGUAAACCGGUGCCACUUGAAGAGAUUUUGAGAAUUGGAAGCUACAAUUUAUUCCUGCAAACACCCUUGCCACAGAACUUACGUGUUUAUGAUCCAUCCCUUGAAACAAGUCAAUCGGCGUCUCAGGCUUUCCUCACCACAUUCUCUCGUGGGUUCGCUGUGGAAAUUCUUCAAGUAUAUUCAGGUCCUCCGGUGAUUGCCUACAAGUUCAGGCACUGGUCUUUCAUGGAGGGUCCUUUCAAAGGCCAUGCUCCCACUGGGGAAUUGGUGGAGUUCCAYGGAAUUGGCAUCUUUCAUAUGGAUGAAUUGAUGCGUGUUAAGAAAAUAGAAUUCUUUUAUGAUGGAAACGAAGUGCUGGCAAGUCUUAUCAAAGGGCCUUCUACAGAUGGAUCAGAGGCCUCAACCAAAGCAUCUGGGGGUUGCCCAUUCUUCCACAAACUUACUCAAGCUUAACUGCAGCAUAUAUGUUUUAAUUUCUCUUAAUUAAUAAAAUGCCUUGACUCGUAUGUGAGCAAGUGAAUGUAGUAUAUAUGUAGUUGAAAUAAAUGGCAUUUCUACAUCAUUGAUCAUGUAUUCUUUUCAUUCAUGUUGA